AAAGCGAGUCACGAGACAUGUUAUGUGUCAACAUAUGACACACAUUUGCAGAAGAAAAAAGAGUGACUCAUGAGUUUGGAAGAUCACACUGAUGGAACAUGAUGAUGAUAUCUAAGAACAAGCUGUUAACAGUGGUGUUUCUGAUAGUCUUAGGUUUCAGCCUUGUGAACCCUUUUCCACUUGGCACGAGUGGUCGAUGGAUAGUGAAGGAAAGUGGUGAGAGAGUGAAGCUAGCAUGUGUGAAUUGGGUGUCGCAUUUGGAUGCUGUGGUGGCUGAGGGCUUAAGCGAACAACCUUUGGAUGUGAUAUCAAAGAGAAUCAAAUCCAUGGGAUUCAACUGUGUGAGACUCACAUGGCCAAUUUUGUUGCUCACCAAUCACUCUAUUGCUUCUCUCACUGUCACAAACUCUUUCCAAAAUCUUGGGUUGCUUCAAGCCAUGGAUGGAGUCCAAGCCAUGAACCCCUCCAUCAUCGAUCUUCCACUCAUCAAAGCUUACCAGGAAGUGGUGAAAAGUUUGGGAGACAACAAUGUAAUGGUGAUUUUGGACAAUCAUGUGAGCCAACCAGGGUGGUGUUGCAGUUACAUGGACGGCAAUGGGUUCUUUGGGGAUCAGUAUUUUGAUCCAGACCUUUGGAUUAUGGGCCUUACCAAGAUGGCCACCCUUUUCAAAGGGGUCACUAAUGUGGUAGGCAUGAGCCUCAGAAAUGAGCUAAGAGGUCCCAAACAAAAUCUCAAUGACUGGUACAGGUACAUGUCAAAAGGAGCAGAAGCAGUGCAUGCAGCGAAUCCAGAUGUUCUUGUGAUUCUAUCUGGCAUAAAUUUCGACACUGAUCUAUCAUUCAUUAGAAACGAGGGAGUGAAACUGAGCUUCAGUGGAAAACUAGUGUUUGAGGUGCACUGGUACAGCUUCAGUGAUGGUCAAGCAUGGGCCUCAGGGAACCCAAACCAGGUGUGUGGGGAAGUGACAGGGAGUGUGAUGAGUAGGGCAGGUUUCUUGUUGGACCAAGGGUGGCCCUUGUUUGUUAGUGAGUUUGGGUUGGACUUGAGAGGCACAAGUGUGAAUGACAAUAGGUAUUUCAGCUGCUUCAUGGCACUUGUGGCCCAGCUUGACUUGGAUUGGGCCUUGUGGACACUGGGUGGGAGCUAUUACAUUAGACAAGGAGUUGUUAGAAUGAUUGAGUAUUUUGGUGUUCUCAGUUCGGAUUGGACUCAGGUUAGGAACACAAGCUUCUUGCAGAGGAUCUCAGCUAUUCAACUUCCUUUUCGAGGGCCAGGACUAUCAGAAGCUGAACCAUACAAAGUGAUUUUUCACCCAUUAACUGGUCUUUGUAUCUUAAGAAAGUCACUGAUUCAUCCGUUGAGUUUGGGACCUUGUUCUAGUUCUGAUGGAUGGGAAUACAGUGACCAGAAGAUUCUAUCAAUAAAGGGUACCUAUUUCUGUUUACAAGCAGAGGGAGAAGGGAAGCAAGCAAAACUUGGAAAUACAUGUUCAGGUUCCAAUUCAAUAUGGGAAAUGAUCUCUGAUUCAAAGAUGCACCUCUCAAGUCAAAUCAACAAUGCUUCUGAUGUGUGCCUUGAUGUAGACACCAAGAACAUCAUUGUCACCAACCCUUGCAAAUGCCUGAGCAAAGAUAACACGUGCGACCCCGGAAGCCAAUGGUUCAAACUCGUUGACAGCACGAGGAAAUCAACCUCAACAUCAUCUAUAGAAUCGGUGUUUAGUUUCAUGGAAAAAGAAGCUUCAGGAAACCAUUGAGCUCAAGUGUUCAACAUAAUAAAAAGUUAAUUAACUUCAUCGAUUAAUUAUUCAUUUUGACUACAA